CCGAGCUGCGUUGGUGGAGUUCUCCACAGGCAUAUCGAGCUGCGUUGGUGGAGUUCUCCACAGGCAUAUCGAGCUGUUUUGAUCAUGCAUUGAUUUGCAUUUCGUUUUAUAUCUCAACUCGGCUACUCACUUGUCGUUUCAAAACGUCUAUGGAAACUUUCUAAGUAGAGUGCGACUGUUGUUGUUUAUAUAUUUUAUUUUUUUCCCAACGAUGUGCUCUCUGCUGCAUUAAUAAUAUUGAUAUCUAUCAGAAAAUGCUGCUCAUCCUGCUCGGAGUGCUCAUCUUGCACCUCAUCAUCCUGGUCUUACUGUUUGUCUCAACAAUUGCCAAUGCCUGGACUGUAGGAGGAACCAAGAAUACUGACCUGUGGUACAGCUGUCUCACUACUAACGCAGGAUAUCACUGCAGUUCUGCCAGCAAUGAAGACUGGAUCCAGGCGGUUCAGGCCCUCAUGGUCCUGUCAGUGCUGUUCUGCCUCUUCUCUCUGGUCUUCUUCAUGUGUCAGCUCUUCACCCUGGUCAAAGGAGGACGCUUUUUCUUCACCGCCGUCUUCCAGAUACUCGCCAGUCUGUUUGUGAUGUGUGGAGCUAUAAUCUACACAGUAAUGAGUCCGGAUGGGGAGGAGGAUGCUGCGUUUGGCUUUGCCUACAUCCUGGCCUGGGUGUCCUUCCCUCUGUGUCUGGUCAGUGGUCUCAUCUACAUCGUACUGAGGAAGAGGGAAUGAGAGAGGGAUGGAGGCGGAGGUUAAGACCUCACACCACCACCAGCAGAACACAGCACUGUGCCCCAGGGUUGGGGUCAAUUCCAUUUGAAUUCCAGUCGAUUCAGGAAGUACACUAACAUUCCAGUUCUCUUCAAUGCUUCUUAUUGAGGUUUACUUUCUGAAUUGAUAGAAAUCCAAAUGGAAUUGACCCCAACCAUGCUGUGCCCACUGACCACCAGAGGAGGCUGUUGAGGGGAGGAUAAAUGGCUCACAUAGUGUUUGUUUUCCAUCAAAUACUUUGAGUAUUCGAUUAGAUUGAGUGUUUGCACUUUUGGGAUUAUUCCAUUGGUUUCAUUUGUGCCAGGCAAGCUCCAUCAAGCCCAGCUAAGGCAUUUGUAAGAAAACAAAUCAUAUUUGAACCCAAGUCUACAUUAUACAUACCAAUCACAGGUGGUCAUGACUAAAGUGGAAUCACUGGAAUGGUUUCAAAUACAUCAAACACAUGGAAACCAUGGAAACCAUGGAAACCAUGGAAACCGUUCAAUAUGCUCCAGUUCCAUCUUUUAUUAUGAGCCGUCCUCCCAUCAGCAGCCCCCACUGACAGCCAUGUGUGAGUAAACUACAGAGGAGAACAGACAGUCCAUGUUACAGUGUAAAGAUGUACAUAGUGUCUAUGGUUUUAGACAUAUUUAUAACAUUUUUUACAUGACCUUUUGUACAUAGUGUUGAGCUCAGUUCGUUGUCAGAGCUUGUUUUUUCCAUAUUUUCUCCUCUGUGCCAAAGAGAUAAAGCUGUGAUUUCAGCUUUUAGUAAAAAAGACAACACGUUUAAAGCCUUUUAAACAAUUACUUGGCUUUACUAUAGUGUAGUGUCAAUGCCUAGCUUGUCAUUGUCAAGCCAAACAACACCAUUCCAUAAAUAGUUGUCCAGAAGGCCAGAACAGGCAAUCAGGCUUCUCAAAUCCUUCAGACAAAAGUGAAUCCAUACACAACAUCAGUUUCCUUGAUGAAGUGAAAAUGAGGAAGUGUUUCAGUAGAACCAACAAAUGAUAAUUGUGUUAAUAACCAUUACGACUUUGUCUCUGUCCUGUCCUGUAUUGUCUAUUAAGAUUCUGAAGUGAAAAUGAGGAAGUGUUUCAGUAGAACCAACAAAUGAUAAUUGUGUUAAUAACUUUUGUCU